AUGCUAUAUAUAUCAGCUCCCCGUCCUAUAACCAUUGAAGAAUUGGAAGAUGAUCAUGAUGUUCUUCGUCUUCCGCUCUCCGAACAAAACUACAACAAAGUCAGAGACUUCUUUUUCAAAGAAAGGAAUUACGAGAGCAGCAUAACUGAUCAUAAUAUUCAUGAACAUCCGCUAAUUCUUGUGGAGGCACAAUGCAAUGACAUUACAACUAUGACUCAGAAUGAUGCAUCGUGCAAUGCAUGUUUGAUACCAAUCGAGACGACCAUGUCGUUUUACAAGUGCAAAUUUAAUGGCCAAGGAUGCAACUUUCUUCUCCAUGAGUGGUGCACCCGCUUGCCUCCUGAAAUAAAAGGCCACAAAUAUUACACGGGCCAGAAAUAUCUCCAAGAACACACCCUUCUUCUCUCGCCAAAACCAGCGCGUGAGUUCAUUGGGUUCAUGUGUGACGUCUGCCGUAGACAUAGCAAUGGGUUUGCUUACUCGUGUGUUCAAUGUAGUUACACAAUGGAUGUUUGGUGUGCAUUCACACGUGCGAAAAUCAUACAUAAAUCUCAUCCAAAUCACCUACUUUCAAGAAAUUAUGGGUUUGCUAGUGAAGACGACUAUUGUCGUAUGUGUUUGUCCGGUUUCACGGCAGACGGUAAUAUUUCAUUCGGUUGCGAUGCUUGUGAGUUUCAUCUACAUGCUGGGUGUGCUAUGUUAUUACCAGAGACAAUUAGGCACAGGUAUGACAAGCACCCGCUGAGCCUAGCUUACUCCCCAAUUGAAAACCAUGAGGGUGAUUAUUUCUGUGAAGUUUGCGAGGAGGAAUUUAAUCCUAAUGCUUCUUUCUAUCAUUGCCAUGAAUGUGUCCAGUCCAUACAUACAACUUGUGCUCCAAUACUAUUACCUCGAAGCAAACCAUACCUUUAUGGUGGCUUAAGUGUUCUUCGUGUACGUGAAAAGGAGAGAGGCAUUUAUAAACCUGAAUAUCACCCGCACCCUCUUUCAUUUAGAUUUCUCGCCGGGACAAGUGAAGGUUAUUGCACCUGUGGUAGUAAAGUCAUUAGUGAUUUUAUGUUUGACUGUUCAGAGUGUAAGUUUGGUAGGCGGUAUGGUAUCGGUGAGUGGUGCGGGGGAGUGGAGUCACCGAUCGGUGACCACACCGUGGUGAUGAAGACCUUCGGUGAUUGCUAUUUCGGUGAGGCAAAUCGGUGUAUAGUCACCGAUGUGACUGAGUGCAAAGAUUAA